GUAAUCAUCCAUUGCUGUGACGGCAAGCAGAACUCUUGACUCUGUGGAUUUGAUGCACUUUAGCACUGCAUCCCGAAGUCCAGGAAAACAUCACAGACACUAGCUAUGAAGCUGCUAUCUGUCUUUCUGCUGGUGACCAUCGGAAUUUGUGGUUAUUCUGCCACUGCCUUCCUCAUCAACAGUGUCCCUCUUCCCGUUGACAAACUACCCUUACCGUUAGACAACGUUAUUCCCUUAUUUGAUCCUUUGAAGAUGCUUCUGAAAACCCUGGGUAUUUCUGUGGAACAUCUUGUGCAAGGGCUGAAGAAGUGUGUGGAUGAACUGGGACCAGAGGCUUCAGAGGCUGUGAAGAAGCUUCUGGAGGCCCUGUCACACCUGGUGUAACAUCGGCAUAAAGAGUGAAGGCGUGAGUGGACACAGAAGGAUGUGCACAUCCCUGAAGGCUGAAUCUCAUUCUACCAUUUGUAGACUGAAUGUCUUAAAGUGUAGUGAGUCUAGAAAAGAAUGAAUAAAGCAAUGAAAAGA